AGACAUAACAGAUAUAUGUAUUUACAAAACAUCAAGAUAAUAAUAAAUCUUGAAAUGAAAUUAAUAUUACGAGCUAUAAUUUCUGAAUUUCAAUCUCUUUUGCGAGAGCAUUGUGUGUGUAAUUUGUGAAAUAAAAUUGUUAACGGUAUCCCAUUAAAUGUCUACAAAAAUGCGAGCUGGGGACAGCUAACCUGACCUAUAGCGGGCCCAAUAAUUGCGGCCACGUUUAGGAUGUUUAAUAAAUAACAAUCGUACAUACAUGUAUUGUAACUGAUCGUGAUUGUAUACUGUUUACUAGUUCGACAUUCAGACGUUACAACGCGACAAUUUGACAUUUUAUGUUUCAUUCUGCCGAGUGUAUACAGUCUUGUGGCCUCGUGCAGGCUUUCUCCGGGAUCGUUCAACGCUCUGUUUACACGCGUCUGCCGAACCCUCUGUUAUUGUUAUUACUGAAGAGUUUUUUUCAUUGUUUGCGCGAAUCGACGGUUGUCGGUUUUAAAUAUAAUAUAAUGGCUAAUGUCGUAUAUCGAUCAAACCGUGAGUCCUUCCGAUGACUAAUGAAGGUAAUGUUUACAGAUACGCGUCCGGUGAGGAUGGCAGUCGGGCGGCGACAUUAAUACGAGAAGCAGCUCGAAGUGCCUGAAUUGCGGACGAAAGACAGAGCUUGUCCGUUUGUACUGUUAGCGAAGAAUAAGUUAAGAUCGAACAUGGCGUCCACGUCCAAGAAACAGUCCCACAAGAAGAAUACGAUAAAACUGGAAUUAACCGAGAAACAGAAGUCCGAGAUAAAGGAGGCUUUCGACCUGUUCGAUCCGGACGGCACUGGAAAAAUUGCUGUCAAGGAUCUGAAAGUUGCUCUCCGAGCCCUGGGAUUUGAACCGACAGUAAAGGAGAUACAGAAGCUCGUAGCGGACGUCGUGCCGGAAUGCCCCAGCUCGAUAUCUUACGAAGAAUUCAUGAAAAUAAUGUUGAGCAAGAUGACGGAGAAGGAAGGCGAAAGCGAGGUGUUACGGGCGUUCCGUCUUUUCGACGAUGAUAAAACGGGGAAGAUAUCCUUCCAAAAUAUCAAACGCGUUUCGAUCGAGUUGGAAGAGGAGUUGACCGACGAGGAGAUAUUAGAUAUGAUCAACGAGGUGGACGAGGACGGCGACGGGCAGAUAUCGUUUGAGGAGUUCGCCAAACUCUUUAAGAAAAUGUCGUGUUCGUAUUAAGAGUAAACUUCGUAUUAAGUUAAAUUAAUCACACACGUCUAUGUCAAAUUAAUGUGGAGACAUAGCGGAUUUUUGAAUUAUAAUAAUAUGUAUAUUUAUAUUUAUAUAUUUCUAAACGAAAGACUGGCGUUUCAACAAUCAUCUUUUGUGGUACACUUGUGAACGAUAUUUUUUAUAAACUCUUGUUUAUGUGGAUGUUUAAUAAUAAUGUGCCAUGAUGUGUGCGAAAAUAAAUAGCAUUAUCUACGUUUUAUGCUAACA